AUGGGGAAGUUUGUUGAUGAUGUUAAGCACGAUCACGACAAGGAUAAGCUUGAAUCAUCGAACACAUUGGUUAGUAAUGGAUGCGUGGAUUUUAGAGGGCAAAUUGCAGAAAAGCAAACCACUGGAGGAUGGAAGGCAGCUCCAUAUCUCAUAGUUAAUGAGGUUGCCGAGAGAUUGGCCUUCUUUGCAAUAGCGGUGAACAUGGUGGCUUAUUUGGUUCUGGAAAUGCACGAAUCGCUUCCGACUGCUGCAACUCACGUGACUAACUGGAUUGGAGCUUCUUAUGUUCUAACCAUACUCGGGGCGUUUCUUGCCGAUGCUUACUUGGGUAGAUUCUUGACCAUCGUCAUCUUUUCUUGCAUAUAUGCAGUCGGAAUGCUUUUGCUGACGCUAUCGGCCACCAUAGACAGCCUGCGACCGCCAAGCUGCUUGGCCCUGCCAUGCAUAAAAGCAACCGAGAAGCAAACGGGUUUCCUCUUUGCUGCACUAGCUCUUAUCGCCCUCGGAACCGGCGGUAUCAAACCUUGCGUUUCGUCCUUUGGGGCAGACCAGUUCGACGAAGCCGAUAAAAAGGAAGCACGACAAAAAUAUGCUUUCUUCAACUGGUUCUUUUUCGCCAUAAACAUGGGCGCCAUCUUGGGGAUUACACUUAUGGUGUAUAUACAAGAGAAGAAAGGUUACGGUUGGGGUUUUGGACUCCCUACUGUGUCUACCAUUUUCUCUAUCUUGAUCCUAGCUGCUGGACUACGAUUUUAUCGUUACCAAAAACCAAUGGGAAGUCCUUUCACUAGGUUUCUUCAGGUACUUGUUGCAGCUAUUAGGAACCAUUCUAAUGGGGUUGAAUUAAAACCUAGAGCUGUUUUAUAUGAGGUUAGUUCAAAGGAGUCUGAUAUUACUGGUGCUCGAAAACUUGCUCAUACCGAACAGUACAGGUUCUUCGACAAGGCAGCAAUCAUGACGGAUCCUGAAGCUAGCACUAGGAACCGAUGGAGACUUUGCACAGUAACUCAAGUAGAAGAAUUCAAGUCCUUCAUUAGGAUCCUCCCUAUAUGGGCAUCUACGAUAGCGCUUUCCAUCUCAUACUCUCAACUCUCAACCUUCUUCGUCAGCCAAGCCGCCAUCAUGGGCCGACAUCUUGGUCCACACUUUGUCAUUCCGGCAGGUUCGACCACUCUUUUCAGCGCCCUCAACGCUGUCCUACUUGUUCCCGUCUACGAAGUAUGGGUCGUCCCAUUCUUACGUAAACGCACCGGCCAUCCCCGUGGCAUUACCUCGUUACAAAGAAUGGGAGUUGGCCUAUUCAUAUCCAUCUUUGCAAUGCUCUCAGCUGCUUUGGUUGAGAAGAAACGUCGUGACCACCCUAACUCCUCGUCUUUGACUGUGUUUUGGCUGCUCCCGCAGUUCUUCUUCAUCGGCAGCGCCGAGGUUUUCACUUACGUGGGACAAUUGGAGUUCUUUUACGACGAGGUUACCGAUGGGACGAGAAGUAUAAGCAGUGCAUUGUUUCUUAGUGAGGUUGGAAUAGGGAGUUGGUUAAGCACCGCCCUCGUUAAAAGCAUCGAGGGUGCAACCGGUGGGGAAAAGAAAGGGUGGCUAAGGAAUGAUCUAAACAAAAGCAGGCUUGAAAAUCUCUACUGGAUAUUGACGAUAAUCAAUGCUGCGAAUUUCUUGGUGUAUUUGUGGGUGGCUCAACGGUAUAAGGGAAAGAACGACGAGGGAAAGAGGACGGAGGUGCUGGUUGAGAUGGAUGUUGAUGAAGUGAAGAAGGCAAAUAAGGGUGAAGGGAAGCUUAAAAGCAUGGAGUCGUGAAAUCUAAUAUUAGUUUCUU